AUGUACCACGGCGAUUACGAGGUUGAGCUUGAAGCCAAGCUUUUAACCUCGAGGGGCGUCCUCUUGUUCCGAAAGCCCGAGAUCGCAUUCCGGUCAGAAGAAAGGGGCAACAUCGACACGGUGGAGCGUGGUCCGCUCCCUGAGCGGCCUCGGACCCCAUUGGGCCACGAAUUAGAACCCACGUCACAUGACACAGAUUCAGUGUGGGGGUAUUCGGUGGAAUUUGAUGGACCCGAUGGAUCGACAUCUUCAGUCGAACCUAAUGGACCCAAUGGAUGGAUGCUGGAUGCGGCUGUGGCACCUGCGUUCCAUACUUAUCGCUUCAAGUUCAUGUGCACAGCCAGUCAACUCCGAGACAAGCUGAUGACCACGGUGAAGGGAGCCUCCCCAGUGGACGGCAAGGUGCGAUGUGAAUACCGGACGUGA